AAAGCCAAAGAUGUGGCUUCUUCUCCGUCUCUGUCAUCUGCUCCAUAUCCACAGUUCAUUUCCCCAUAAAGCUUUUUGAGACAACUGCAUAUCAAUACCUCCAUCACUGCUUCAUCACUAUCUCUAUCAUCUCACCACCGCUUUCGUCUAUUUCACAAAUUAAAGACGGCGAUUGAAGAGCUAACGUCUACCAUCGCUUCCUAUUUUCUCCCUUUUCUCCUCUUCCACCACAGGAUCAAGACGUUUCUUUCACCUACCUUAACGUCGAUUUCCCUCCACCGCAUUCCUUCCUUCAACAUUGAAGACUAUGAUGGGAGAGACACAUGUGUUGAUUGUAUCGGUUCACUAUCAAAGAGGAGACCGAGCAGAGCAUGACGGCAUCCCUCUCCAUCUCUUUUGUCUCUCAGUGGACGUUCGGUAAUCAAUCGAAUCAAUUGUUGGCGGCUGUAAUUGCUUUAGAUAAUGAUGCUCAAAACCACCUUCUUUUAUGCUACAAGAAUACACUCGGGAUUUCUUCACCAUCGCUCCAUCAAAGUAGGAUCAAAGCUUACGGGUUCUUCAAAAAAAAGUAG